CCAGUGAUUCAAAGCUUGAGAAAGCUUGUCUUUGCAAAAAGAUAGCUUAGGGGAACUGUUUCAGUGCUAGUAUCCUUUUUAAGUAGCUACAUGCCGAAUACAACCGAGAUAACGACACAUAAACACUGAUCAGGAAGAGGGACUAAGCUAAAGGAAUUCGAGCAAGUAUGGCCAGGAAAUAUGUUUGCUGCUACUGAAAUGUUUCGGUCUUAGCCACUGGCAGGACUGAUUAAUUGUAGUUAGCACAACGUUUUCUGUGCAGCCUGCCUAAACAUCUGUUUUGUACAACUGUUGCUCAAUUUUCUCUUCCUUUCGAAUCACUAUCUUUGAAGCACAAAAGAAAAUCUAUCGAAACGACCAAACAAAUUACCCUAAGGGCUUCCCAAUCCUUUAAAGGAGAAUCUGAGCUUAAAGAGGGUUCUUUACUCUCUAGCCCCUUACCUCCAGCAAGGGUUCAAACUUCAACUCUUAGGCUUGACCCAAGUCCCUCCCCUUACCCUGUCAUCUAAUGAAUAUGCAAAUUAAACAUAAUUGGCAGCCAAUGGCGUGGGUUCUGGUCACAUGGUGCUGAUGGUAGGUGAGCAGACAGAAGUUGUGUCAGUGAACAGAGAGGGCUCUCAGUCCGGGGCGAGCGCUCUAGUGAGCGUGGACGGAUGCUUAGGCAGUAGUCCUGGCAGCGGCGGCAGCAGCAGGCAGUAGUGGUGGCAGAAGAGGGGAAGAGGGACGGCCCCGAGACCUACACACACUCACACUUUCAAGUUCUCCUGAAGGGAGAGGAGUUGGGGCUGCAGAAAGAGGAGGCCAGGAGCGGUCCCAUCUAUCCCAUUCCAUCUCCCCCUCUUCCUCUUGCUCCCUGGCUCUGUGAGAGUUCAGGAUUUGGGUAGCCAUACGUGGCAGCGAGGGCAAAGGGGCCGGGAGAGUGGGGACCAGAACCAAAGGUGUAGUGGAAGAUGCCCAUCCUGCUGUUCCUCAUAGAUACGUCCGCCUCCAUGAACCAGCGCACUGACCUGGGCACCUCCUAUUUGGACAUUGCCAAAGGCGCUGUGGAGUUAUUCUUGAAGCUGCGAGCCCGGGACCCGGCCAGCCGCGGAGACAGGUACAUGCUGGUCACCUACGAUGAGCCUCCGUACUGCAUCAAGGCUGGUUGGAAGGAAAAUCAUGCCACAUUCAUGAGCGAACUGAAAAAUCUUCAGGCUUCUGGACUGACUACUCUUGGUCAGGCUCUAAGAUCCUCAUUUGAUUUGUUAAAUCUCAAUCGAUUAAUAUCUGGAAUAGACAAUUAUGGACAGGGGAGAAAUCCGUUUUUUUUAGAGCCAUCUAUUUUAAUUACCAUCACAGAUGGAAACAAGUUAACAAGUACUGCUAGCGUUCAAGAAGAGCUUCAUCUUCCUUUGAAUUCUCCUCUGCCUGGAAGUGAACUAACCAAAGAACCUUUUCGUUGGGAUCAAAGGUUAUUUGCCCUGGUGUUGCGUUUGCCUGGAGUGGCUUCUACUGAACCAGAGCAACUAGGGAGUGUACCAACUGAUGAAUCGGCCAUCACACAGAUGUGUGAAGUCACAGGAGGUCGCUCCUACUGUGUAAGAACACAAAGAAUGUUGAAUCAGUGUUUAGAAUCACUAGUUCAAAAAGUGCAGAGUGGUGUAGUUAUUAAUUUUGAAAAAACAGGACCAGAUCCGCUUCCUGUUGGAGAAGAUGGACUGAUGGAUUUGUGUAGGCCGAGCAACUCAUUUGCUGCUCAACCAUGGCAUAGUUGUCAUAAACUCAUCUAUGUGCGACCUAAUUCUAAAACUGGUGUUCCUGUUGGACAUUGGCCAAUUCCAGAAUCGUUUUGGCCAGAACAGAAUUUAUCUUCACUACCUCCACGAACAUCUCAUCCUGUUGUGAGGUUUUCCUGUGUCGAUUGUGAACCAAUGGUUAUAGAUAAACUGCCCUUUGACAAAUAUGAACUGGAACCCUCUCCUUUAACUCAGUACAUCUUGGAAAGAAAAUCUCCUCAUACUUGCUGGCAGGUGUUUGUUACCAGCAGUGGGAAAUACAAUGAGCUCGGAUAUCCAUUUGGUUAUUUAAAAGCUAGUACGACUUUAACUUGUGUAAACCUCUUUGUGAUGCCUUACAACUACCCAGUUUUGCUUCCUCUUUUAGAUGACUUGUUUAAAGUUCACAAGCUUAAGCCAAAUCUGAAGUGGCGACAGGCUUUUGACAGCUACUUAAAAACUCUGCCUCCCUACUACUUAAUACCAUUAAAGAAAGCACUAAGGAUGAUGGGAGCUCCAAAUCUGAUAUCAGAUAAUUUAGAUUGUGGACUUAGUUACAGUGUUAUCUCUUACCUUAAAAAACUCAGCCAACAGACCAAACUAGAGUCAGAGAGAAUACUAGCAUCAGUGGGGAAGAAACCCCCGCAGGAGAUUGGUAUCAAAGUGAAAAAUCAUUCUGGAGGUGGCCUGGCCCUGGCUCACAAUAAAAACUUUAGAAAACUGUUGAAAGAAGUCAUAGGGGAAAGUGCACCAAGACUGACAGAACUGAAUACCAAAGAAUUUGCUGGCUUCCAAGUAGGGCUCUUCAACAAGGAUUUGAAACCUCAGACAUAUAGAAAUGCUUAUGAUAUUCCACGUAGAGGACUUUUAGACCAGUUGACCAGAAUGAGAUCCAAUCUACUGAAAACUCGGAAGUUUAUUGUUGGACAAGAUGAAGAUUCACUUCAUAGUGUUCCAGUUGCACAAAUGGGCAACUAUCAGGAAUAUCUAAAGAUGCUGGCUUCUCCGCUACGAGAGAUUGAUCCAGAUCAACCAAAAAGACUGCAUACUUUCGGCAAUCCAUUUAAGCAAGAUAAGAAGGGAAUGAUGAUUGAUGAAGCAGAUGAGUUUAUAGUAGGGCCACAAAACAAACUGAAACGUCCUGGAGAACCCACAAGUCCUAUGUCAUCUAAGAGAAGGCGGAGUAUGUCCCUGCUGUUGAGGAAACCACAACCACCACCUACUGUAACUAACCAUGUGGGCGCAAAGGGACCACUCUCAGCCGCGUGGUCCCCAUCUUGUCCAAACCUCAUAAAACCCACCCUUGUACAUCCAGAUGUCCCUGUCAUUCAUGAUGUCCAUGAAGAGAAGAUGGAAAAUGGGCAAAGCCCAGCCGAUGGCUUCUUAUUAAAAUCUGCUCCGGCAGAGUUUAUGAAUGUGGCAGGAGACGGCCUCAUAUCCAACCAAUUGGAUUCUCUAUCUGAUGACUUUACUAGUCUCAGGAAAGAUGGACUCAUUCACAAACCUAGUAAUAAUAUACUUAUAGGAGCAGCCAAAAGCUGCAGUCUUUCUGUAGAUGACAGAAAAAUCCCAGUGGCAUCUGCUUUGGACACUGUGCCAAAUUCGAUGCAAAUCACUCCUGCGAUGGCACAAGGCAUCAAUGCUGACAUAAAGCAUCAGUUGAUGAAGGAAGUUCGAAAGUUUGGAAGAAAGUAUGAAAGGAUUUUCAUUUUGCUUGAAGAAGUGCAGGGACCUCUGGAGCUGAAGAAACAGUUUGUUGAGUUCACCAUCAAGGAAGCUGCAAGGUUUAAAAGAAGAGUCUUAAUUCAGUAUCUUGAGAAGGUACUAGAAAAAAUAGAUUCCCAUCACCUUCUUAACAAUGUGAAUCAUAUCAACAGCAGAUCAUCAUGUUAAUACCAAGACAAGUGAGGAAAAAGAAGAGCUUUUCUGUGCUGGAGGAUGGAUGGGACCUUACUGAAGCCCUCUAGAAUGUUUGAGUGAAGGGAAUGACCUAACUCAGGCUAAGAAAAGGCUUGACUAGAGCUUUUAACGAUUAUCUGGAAGUAAAAUCUGGGCUUUCGCCUUAAGAGUUAUAAUUAAAAGUAUUUUUUUAUUUCUUUGUUUAUUUUUCCAAUUAGGAAAAGUGAUGUUAAAUCCAAGCACUGCUGCUCCUCCUACAGCUAAUAGAGUUCACUCAUUUGAGCGUUACCAUUCCAGACGUUUUCAGAGUGGGCAGGGGCCACCUGGCAGGAGCGCACGCCUAGUGUCUUCAUUGUGUCCCAUAGAACAAGUAUAUAGAAUUGAAGUGGUAAUCGUGUGCUCAACAGACUUUUCAACAAUUUCUAGCUGUGCCUUUUAAACCAUGCAAUAUUCAGGAUAGGUGGAAUCAAAGAGUAAAAAGCUGCUAUUAGGUAACGUAGUUCUCUCUGGGAAGGGGCAGGGAGAGUCACCAAACAAUCUACCUCCAGUGCUCUUCCAUUUUGUCUAGAAACAUUAGGAAGUGCGCCUGAGGCUGCACUAAGCUCUCACAUUUGUUCUUGCAUGUGACAACAGAGAGUCUUCAGGUAGACUUGUACAUCUUGUGCUUUGGAAGCACUAAAAGGAAAAAUAAUAUGUAUAUUUUCUUUGAUGUUUAUAUAAAAGUUUAUAUGGAGCAGUAUUGUUGCUUUUAUUUGUAAAAAUGUAAGUGAUCAAAGAGAUUUUCACUUUGCAUAUAUGAAAUAAAAUCAUUUUAUUGAUUUUCAAACUUUA